CUGCAGCAGGUGAACGCCCUGGAGAUCACGCCGGACCGCAGCAUGAUCGCUGCCGCAGGCUACCAGCACAUCCGCAUGUACGACCUCAACUCCAACAACCCCAACCCCGUCAUUAACUACGACGGCGUGAGCAAGAACAUCACCUCCGUGGGCUUCCACGAGGACGGGCGGUGGAUGUACACGGGCGGGGAGGACUGCAUGGCCAGGAUUUGGGACCUGAGGUCUCGUAACCUCCAGUGUCAGCGGAUUUUCCAGGUGAACGCUCCUAUUAACUGUGUCUGCCUGCACCCCAACCAGGCAGAGCUAAUUGUGGGUGAUCAGAGUGGUGCCAUUCACAUCUGGGACCUGAAGACUGACCACAACGAGCAGCUGAUUCCGGAGCCCGAAGUUUCCGUGAAUUCGGUUCACAUUGACCCCGAUGCCAGUUACAUGGCAGCUGUUAACAGCUCGGGAAAUUGCUACGUGUGGAACCUGACGGGCGGCAUCGGAGAGGAGGUGACCCAGCUGAUCCCCAAGACAAAGAUCCCCGCACACAACCGCUACGCCCUUCAGUGCAAGUUCAGCCCCGACUCCACGCUCUUGGCUACAUGUUCUGCAGAUCAGACAUGUAAGAUCUGGAGGACUUCAAACUUCUCUCUGAUGACAGAGCUGAGCAUUAAGAGCAAUAACCCAGGAGAAACGUCUCGGGGCUGGAUGUGGGACUGUGCAUUCUCCGGGGACUCCCAGUAUAUCGUGACAGCCUCCUCUGAUAACUUGGCCAGACUUUGGUGCGUGGAGACAGGAGAGAUCAAGAGGGAGUACAGCGGCCACCAGAAAGCAGUUGUCUGCCUUGCUUUCAACGACAGCGUGUUGGGAUAA